AUGGUGGAAAUCAGAGGAAAACGAGGAAAUAAGGUGCCAAUCGUCUUAACAAAAGACAUUAAAGAAAGCAUUGACCUUCUUAUCCGCACUAGGAAAAAUGUUGGGAUUCCAGACAAAAAUCCAUUCGCGUUUGCAAGGCCAACAAAACAGUCCUUGAAGCAUAUCCGGGCUUGUGACUGUUUAAAGAGAUUUGCAAAAGAGUGCGAGCCACCCCUCUCUAAUCCUGAAGAUGUGACGGGUACCAAGCUGAGAAAAUACAUCGCGACAAUCUCGCAAGUGUUCGCGCUGAAGGAAACGGAAGUGGAAUGGCUUGCCCAACAUCUCGGACACGAUAUCAAAGUCCAUCGUUAA